AUGUUUGUUUCUGUAUUUAAAUAUUUGUAUUUUAAAACAUUACCAACUUUCAACACUACCAGAAAAUGUAAUUUCAUAAAUAAAAUUAGAAGUUGGUUUGGCUAUUGGCGCAUGUCAUUUCAUAUAGACUUUUAUUGCUGCACCCCGUGACUAAAGUGCCACUUUUCGGGCCACGAAACCGUGGAGAAGUUGGCGCUUUUAAGGUGGAAUUGAAAAAUAUUAUUAAACGCGAAUAAUAAUCUUAUUUUAAAGAUAGUGAAUCUCUGCGCUAUGUUGAUUUUAACUGGAAAAAAUAUGGGUGGGACGAAGAAAUAGCCUACAACGCAACGUUUGGUCCAGUGAUGGAUUAUACCUGGGAAAUGUUUCCAAUUAUUAUGACGAAAUCGGCGCAACUAACCCAAAAUUAUAAAUUCGAAAAAGUAGGAGAAAUUAAUAUCAGAAAUCGUUUUGAAAUCAAUUUAUCGUUUUUGGGAAAACCAAGUGCACAAAUAUAUUUUUGUUCAAAUGCCCAGAUAAAAAGGGGUAUAUGUUUUAUUUUUAUUCUUGGAGGGUGGAAUGGAAAAGGCAGUGUGAUAAGACGAUGUAAAGAAGGUGCGUCGCCUACAAACUCCGAAGAUAGAUUAAAAGGAUGUGAAAAUAUCGUCCAUAAGAUUGAACAUAAACCACUGUUUUCAAUUGAUUAUUGGAGUCAAAUUUCUAUACGAUAUAUAAACCAACAAUUAGAAGUAAUAAUCAAUGAGGAACAUUUAUUAUCCUACCAUGCCAACGAUCAAGGAGAAUUUAACAAUUUUACAAAACUAUUCAUACAUUCAAAUACCGAAGAUGCACUGUGGAAAUAUCAUGACUAUACAUAUUAUGAAGCUCGUAAACCAAUCACUAAUCUUAUUAAUAGUAAUUGGUUUUAUAUGGAUUCUAAUCACUUGUGUAUUUCGUUUUUUGCAAAAUUCACCAAAGAUAUUACAUUACAACUCUAUGAUGUAUCGCAAGAGCUCAUCAAAACUGAAUACUAUAAGAGUGAUAAGAACACACAAUGGAAUUAUAAAACAUUUUAUUCAGACGUAUAUGAAGAUGCUGAAUAUUAUUUACGCAUUUCGUUUAGUCCUAAUGAUAAGGUUGCAAUUCGAAACAUUGUCAGGCAUUUAGAUUGCACGGGAAGUAAAACGGAUAAAUUCCAUUUUUCAUCAUUAGAGUACAACUAUGAUUCAGCAAAUAAUAUUAAAUGUUCUUCUCUUCGACAUAAAACCACUCAACUCAAAAUUUUAUUUCCAAACGAGAGUACUGAUGUUUUUUCGAUUGAUAAUCAGAAUCAAUGUAAUAUAUGUACUGAAUUCUAUAACACGACAGAAUGUCCACACAGAAUAACGUGUAAUGAGGAAUCAUGUCAUUGCCCAACAGGAUACAUCGGAAAGUAUUGUGACAAAGUAUGUGACAGGGGAAAAUAUGGUUGCAAUUGUGAAUUUGAAUGUGCGAAUUGCAUUUCCAACUUUUGCAGUCCAGCAAAUGGUGAAUGUUACUUUGGUUGUAAUGAUUUAAAUUAUGUUGCACCCUUUUGUAAACAAAGAAAUCUACCAGUGUUAACUGCUAUUGCAUCUACACAAACUGAUUGUAUCACAAAUUGCACAAUUACAAUCUACGAAAAAGAAUUAAAAUAUGAAGGAGUCCAGGAACCAAAAUAUUAUUACACUCGCUUAUUUGAACCAAAAGGAACUAUUACAGAAGGAGACUUAACAUCAAUUAAGGUCAAUUUCUUUAAUUUUACUAAUUUAAUUAAAAAAUUGAAAUAUAAAUAUGAGAUAGUUCUGUGUUUUACUAAUACAAAAUCAGCGUGUUUCAUUGAUGAUUUGACAACAUUUGAAUUUGAAACAACAUGUGAAGAAUUGCACGCAGAUCAAUUUCUAAUUGAAAGUGUCGACAGGCGUACGACGAUAAAUGUGACAUCUUACAAUCCCAGUCAAAAUUGUCGCUUAGAUGAGUAUCACAUGUUAAUUCUGAAUAAAGCUGGCAUUGCAAUAUAUUAUUUAAAACAUUUAAAAAUCAGUAAUAUUAUAUCACCAAUAGACAUUUAUACUGAUUAUACACUGCAAUUAACUAAGAAACAACAAAAUAACACAUAACAUCAUAUUUACAACAGACGAAUCGGUUCCAAAUAAAGUCAGAAACACAACAAUUAUUUCUUCAACACCUAGUAAACUUAGUGUUGUUUGGGAAGCACCAACACCUGUUUUGGGAAUCAUUACUAAUUACCACGUCACAUGGAUGUUUCUGGAUAAAAGAGGUUGUAAGAUUGCAAAUAGAAUAUCAAAUAUCCAAUCAAAAAAUAUAACAACUACUGCAAUUGAAUUAGAUAAUCUACAACCAUAUUCAAUUUAUAAUAUAUCAGUAUCAGCAGUUACUAAGAAAGGUCAAGGAGAUAUGCAAAGUAUUCUAGGAUACACAGAUGAAGCUAAAACAAUUGACAUAAACAUGUUUAAUCGGAAGAUUACCACUUUAGAAACUUCGAUUCAAAUUGGUUUAGUUGUUGAAUGUGAAAAUUGGAAUGGUCCAAUCUAUCUAAGCGCAUAUGCUAUCUGCAAGAGUGAAUGGUGUGAGGGAGAAGAAAUGAAUAUGACUAAAUACAUGCAAUAUAAUGAUUUAAUUACACUUGAUAGUUUACUUCCAUAUACAAAUUACAAAUUAGAAGUAAAUUUUCUUCGUAAUGAAGUGGAUAGAAUUAAUGAUUAUAACAAAUCUUGGUCAACUGCCGUGAUGACAUUAUCAAGUGUACCAAAUCAAGUUUCAUUUGCGGAAGUAUAUAGUUUAUCAGAAACAAGUAUAUCAUUGAGAUGGAGUCCACCUUAUCCACCCACUGGAAUACUGGAUUUAUUUCUAAUAAAAUAUUAUUACUUUUCAAAGGGAUAUAGUACGCAACAAACCGUUAUUAAUUAUUUGAGUCCAUGUAAAAUAUGGCCAAAUAUGUAUUGCACUACAUUAACUAAUCUUACUACCAACCAAAACUACAUAAUUUCAAUUGCUGGGCGUAAUCAAGCUAUUUCGAGUUAUGGAGUGGAGACAUUUUUUAAUGAAACCACAUUGAUUAGAGCUCCGCAACCACCACAGAAUUUAGUUGCAAAAUGGGACACGUCACGAAUUUUACAUUUGCAAUGGGAACAUCCCAAUAGAACAAAUGGACCAUUCUCUGGAUUUAAAAUCUGUAUUAAUGAUCACCAAUAUUUAUACGAAGGACCUGGAAAUACCACAUACAAUUUUAAAACGUCGUUUCAGUGUAAACAUGCAAUCUAUAGAAAUGCAAUAGUUUCUAUUCAAACGAUUAACUCUGAAUUCACAUCUGCUUUAUUAGCUCAACAAUUUGUUUGUCCAAUUUUUAAACCAUCUCUCAGCACUGAGCCUUUUCGAAGACGAAAUGUCAACAAUUCCAUAACUAUUUCAAUGCCGAUUAUUGAAAAUGCUGAAGCAAUAAGCAAUUUGUACAUUAUUCUCCUGGCAAAUGAAUUGGACGAUACAGGCGAUUGUAAAGAAAAAUUAGGAGAUAUGCAAAAUUCACUUGUUCCAAAAAAAGGAAUACAGAGAUGUUGGAUAGUCGCGCACUAUAAUAAAAGUGAAUACAAAGACAUCGAAAAAACUGAAAUAAAUUUUAACUUAACACAAUUAAGAGAAUUAUAUUCUACCAGUGACCAGUAUGAAGUUGGAAUAUUGAUAGUCAAUGAGUUUGAUGGCCAAAUAUCAUCUAAUUGGUAUCUCGUCAAAAUGUAUGGUUUGGAAAAUUAUAAAUUCGAUAAUACUACAUCUCAAAGAAUUUUCGCAUUUUUUUAUCGUUUAACAAUAAUUAUAGGUACUAUUUUUUUCCUGACUUUAUGGACAUUGAUAUAUAAGUGUCACUGGCAAUACACAAUCGCACGUAAUAGUAUAUAUGCGCCUAUAGAAAAAAGAAGUGUUAGGUGCUGGUAGGGGUACAUGAAUUUCACAAAUAUGUGAAAAGCAUUGCAAAUUGGUACCAGUUGCCUACGGAGUAUAAUAAAAUCGUUGCAUUAAGAAAAAUGUUAAAUUACAUUAUGGAAAAUUAACAUUAGAAUGUCUAGAUGCUAGUUACAUAGCUGUAAGUUUUUAUUAAUGGGAAUUACUAAUAAUUUUAUGUUAACCAAUUGGUAAUUUAAAGAGUCCUUUAUGUGACAAGGCGGAUAUUUUUUGUUUGGCUCAAACUAUUUUUAAUUACUACCAGUUUUAGAAGAAGUAAAAUACAUUGUAAUUUUUGCUUUAUUUGGGAUAAAAUUGACUGUUUUAUAUAUACGUAUAAAUCUUUAUUUCGAACAACUUGUUUACAAAUAUAUACACACACUCAAUAUUAUCACUCGUAUAAACACUAUUUUUGAUUGAAAAACUACGAAAAAUUGCCUAAAACGCAAUUUGCUAAUUGAGAUUAAUUUUGCCCAAUAUUUACUACAAGUAUUUAAUGUUAAAGAAAAAUGUACACAAUAUAAUACAUGUAAAAUUUG